AAAUAAACAUUGUAUUAAGCAUGGCCUCAAAGCCAAGAAAACAAGAUCAAAAGAGAAAGAGGAAAUACCAAUUAAGAAAAAGGAAAAGGUAACGAAGAAUAUAUCAAGUAAAAACGAUCAAUCAGAAGAAUUUGAAAAGGCCAUCAAAUCAAAUCCACUGGACAAAACAAACUUCGGUGUCGUUCAUGUGAAAGAUACAAAAAGUGAAAAUAAUGACAUUCCAACUGAACCAAGAAGUUAUAUUUCAGCUGAAGAGAUAUUUAGAAAAGAUGCAUUUUCUAGGGAGUUCAUGUCAUUUCUUAGGGCUUCAGCAUCACCAUAUUCAACUGAGGAGGAAGCAAAAAUUGACACCCCCUUUUCGAAAUACAAACACGAUUUGGGAGACAAGGCAUAUAAUAAUAAUACGAUGCCCAUUUCUACCCACAAAAGGCAUCAUGACAUUGCCCCUCUCCCUCCCCUUGAUGGUCGUCAUGACACCACCCUUAUCCCUGCCCAGAAUAGUUAUCAUGACACCACCCUUAUCCCUGCCCAGGAACAUUAUCAUGACAUCACCCUUAUCCCUGCCCAGGAUAGUUAUCAUGACACCACCCCUAACAUUACCCCUAACAGGCAUCAUGACACCACCCCUAACCCUACCCCAUACAGUCAUCAUGAUUCAACCCGUAUUGUCACUCCUGAUAGGCAUCAAUGCUUGAACAGUGGUGAAUUAAAGCACUGGACUUCUUCAGAUGAGGAACCAAUCUCUAGUUUUAGGAGUUUAUUUAUCAAGUGUAAAGCUGAAGCGACAAGAUUAGUCACACCACAUGAUAAAAGGGAUGAGCAUUUUGAGCAUUCUCAAAAACCAGCAAAUGUAGUUUCAAAUCAGGGUAGACAACCUCAGAAAGUAUACAUUAAAAGAGAAAACUCACCCCAUGUUCGUGGAAGCUCACCACAAAUUCAUGGAAACGAAGCCUUAAUUGAUGGAAUCUUACAUGUAGAUUCUAAUAUAGCAAAUCAAAGUGAACUGAAGAUAAACAAAGAUUCAAAUACUGCCGGUAACCCACUGAAAGGGAGAAGGCGUUCACGUUGUAAAGCAAUUGAGAAAAUCAAAGAAAUAGUUGAUGAUCUCAAUGAUGGUAGUGAUUCUAGAUGUAGCGCAGCUAGCAGUACUUCCGCUUUAUCCAUCACAACAUCUGAUCCAAGCCCUACAAAACAUUCAAAACGAAGAAAACACAAAAAACAUAAGAGAUCACAUAAAAGAGAUUCCACCACUCCUGUUAUGUAUAAGACCAAGGAGGAAAAGUCACAUUGGUAUACUGACAAGAAAUAUGAGCCAAAUUUACAUACUGAAGAAUGUACAUCUCAAAUGGGAUAUAUUGAUGUUAUCAAGGGAGAGUUUAUUCCAAUAGCUGACAAGGAAUAUGAGCGAUCACUUCUUAAAGAAUCUCAUAAAGAUAGCAGGGCUGUUGAGGGAAAGCCAUGUAAUCCCUGUUAUCAUGAAAUUGAGGUUAUUACAAAGAAUGAUAACAGCCAACCAGGGAACAGAUCAGAAUACAGGGUAAUUUAUAGGAUAAG